AUGUCGCAGGUGUUUGGGGCUGAGGCCGUCUCCCAUGCGCAUUCAGUCUCAUUCUCUUCAAAAGAAGUGGCAUUAGUCAUUAAGAAAAUGGUAAGGGGUAAAUCGCCGGGUCAUGACGGCCUUAGCAUUGAGCACCUGCAACAUGCAGGUUGCCAUUUGCCUCGAGUGCUUGCUAUGUUUUUUACACCAUGUCUCAAUCAUAGUUACUUGCCUAACGAUCUCAUGCGAACGGUAGUGGUGCCAAUCGCAAAGAACAAGACGGGUGACUCAUCGGAUCUGUCUAAUUAUAGGCCAAUUUCUUUGGCAACCGUGAUUGCAAAAGUUCUGGACAGUUUGCUUGACGACCACCUGGGUAGGCACCUGAGCCUGAACGAUGCACAAUUUGGGUUUAGACCAGGUCUGUCGACUGACAGUGCUAUCUUGUGUCUCAAGCAUACUGUCCAGUACUACACUGCUAGAAAGACCCCAGUUUACGCGUGCUUCCUAGACCUCUCCAGGGCCUUUGAUCUGGUUUCAUAUAAUGUAUUAUGGGGUAAACUAUAUAAUGACACCACUUUGCCGCGUGAAAUAACGGACUUGUUCAGGUAUUGGUACAAUAACCAAAGCAACUAUAUCAGAUGA